CAAAACCCUAACUGUUCCAAACUCUGCGAAUGUGUUACAUAUGGAGGAAAUACGAAAUCAGGAACAACAUCGCCAUGAAGAAGAUGAUGAUGAUGACACCAUUAGCUUAGACGGAUCGUUUUUCUUCAAUGACAACUGACGAAUUUUACAUUUGGGUCUCAAGAGAUUCAGCUCUUCUGUCUCCAUGCUGCUUCUACCGACUUUGAUUUGACAGGGCAAGUGGUGUGGCCAGGAGCCAUUCUGCUAAAUGAUUAUCUUUCAAAAAAUAGUGAGAUCUUUCAGGGUUGCGCUGUCAUUGAAUUAGGUUCUGGUGUUGGUAUGUAUUAUACACUUAAAGAGAAAAUGUUUCCUGUUGUAUAAAGGUAAAAACUGUUUCAUAGAGAAUCUGAGACUUGUGAUUAUUCACUAUGGUAUUCUAACUCCAAACUACAUAAUUCAUUGUGCAUACAGCAGUUAGAUAUCAGAAAAUUCCUUAUAUGCUUGGAAGUUUUUUAUGGAGAAUCAUCUUGUGCAAUGCAUAUGACAUAAUUUCUUUUAGUGAUUUUCUUUAUGCAUUGUCUCUACUGAUAAUAUUAUAAGAUAGAACUCACUAACAUUUUGCAUGCCAAAUUGGUGGGAUUUUAUAUAUAGUUACUAUAUCUACCUCUACCUAAUGUAAAGUAUUUUGAUAACUAUGAUGAUGGUAAAAUAAGGAUUUAAGUGUGCACGUGUGUGCACGUGUGCGUGUGUGUAUUCUUUUUAAAAAAACACAAGGUCAUCAUGGGGGAGCAGAUUCUUUGAUGAUUGUUAGGAGAAAUAGUGAUUCCUUGUAUCACUCCCAAUUUCAUGACUUUGAAAUUGUGCAAUUACCAUUCCCCUUUUUCCUUUGUUUUAGGAAAUGAGUUACUUCCUCUUUUUAUAUUUUAUUUUAUUUUCUUUACAUCUUUAAUUUCUUUUACUAGAAAACUAUCUCUUCUUUUUUCAUGCUAUGUGUCUUUGGUGGUUGCUACUUCAUUUAUUACAGGUGUUACCGGCAUACUUUGCAGUAGAUUCUGCCAGAAAGUUGUGUUAACGGAUCAUAAUGAAGAAGUGCUCAAGAUCCUGAAGAAAAAUAUAGAGCUGCAUUCAGUUCCUGAGAAUAACUGUCCUACUUCUCAUGGAUUAGUUGCAGAGAAACUAGAAUGGGGGAACUCUGAUCAGAUCAAUGAAAUUUUACAAAAUCAUCCUGGAGGAUUUGACUUCAUUCUUGGAGCUGACAUAUGCUUUCAGCAGUCAAGCAUUCCUCUGCUUUUUGAUACUGUGAAGAUGCUGCUGCUGGUAAAAGAGGACAGAGAAUGCAAAUUCAUACUAGCCUAUGUAUCAAGAGCAAAGACCAUCGACAUGAUGAUCGUUAAUGAAGCUUUGAAGCACGGAUUGCAGAUGAAAGAGCUGCCUGGGACAAGGCACAUUGUUGGGAAUCUUGAAGGAGUCAUCUUUGAGAUUACUCUACACUAGAACCGUUAAAAUAUCUAAUAAAAACAUGUAUUUUUCGCUGUCAAAUUCGUCAAAAGAAUUGCGCAAUGGGGAAGAACUUGUUGAAGUAGCUAAUGAUAUUAUAUUUAGAUGUGAAAAUUACUGCCUGCAUGUUACAAUCUCAUUAUAUUCUCCUUCAAGAAAUAUGUCAAGUAACGAAACAAUUUCUGUU